GAUCAGGAGCGGAAAAGCUGGAUUUGUUGUUCUCUGCAACAGCACUGAGUUUCGGUGCUCUGUCGUGGCGCUGUGUCUCAGAGAGCAGCUGAUAGUGAGAUAGUGAUAGUGAUAAUGAUAGUGAGCAGUUCAGGAUCAGUUCAGGAUCAGAGCUGAUCUAGCGGAAGAUAAAAGCAGACUUUCUCAGUGGAAAGUCGUCCACAGUGACGUUUCCUCGGACUGGAUGGUAGAAAGUGAUGGAGGGGGCGGGGAGGACGGUCUGUGCGGUCUGACUGUGCGGACUGUUCGUCUCCACUCUCGGACCCGGAGAUGAACACUCUCUGUAUUAUCUCUACACUGUCCGGUCUAAAAACUCUUCAGACAGAGUCUAUGAGUUCAGUGCAGUGACUCUGCUGGAUGACAGACAGAUUGACUCCUACAGCAGUACAGACGGGGUCAGGACUCCUAAACAGGACUGGAUGAAGGAGAUAAAGGAGAGUGAGUGGACAGCAGGCACUGAUAAACUGAAGUACAAUGGACAACAGUUAAACAAGAUCCUCAACAUACAGAUGAAGGCCUUCAGACACGAUGAGUCAGAAAAUCACACUCUUCAGUGGAGAAUCGGCUGUGAGGGUGAAAAACAUUCUGACGGCUCAGUUUCAGUUUUAAAUUGCACUCAUGAAUACGCCUAUGAUGGACAGAGUUUAAUCUCGUAUAACUGGACCUCGAGGAAAUGGUCAGCCUCAGUCAGUCAGGCUAAAGCGUUGGAGGAGAAGUGGAAUGGCAGACCUGUUGAUCAGAGAUGUGACUGUGAGCACUGGCUGAAGAUGUAUUUGCAAUACAGCACUACUGACACCAAACUGACUCCACCAGAUGUUCAUGUGUUUGUGAAGAAAUCUGUAACUGAAUCGAAGAAGCUGACCCUGACCUGCCUGGCCACGGGCUUCUACCCCAAAGACGUGGAGAUUACACUGAGAAUGUGCCACACUUCACUGCCUGAACAUCUACUAACAUCUUCAGGAGUCAGACCCAAUGAAGAUGAAACCUACCAGCUGAGGAAGAGUGUGGAGAUCCAGGAGGAUGAAAAAGCAGAUUACAACUGUUUUGUGAAUCACAGCUCCCUCAACACACCAUUAACUAAACAAUUGGACGGGAAAUACAGUGACUGUCAGAGUGGUCUGAGUGGAGGAGUGAUUGUAGGAGUGACUGUUGGAGGGAUGUGGUCUUUGCUGGUCAUGCUGGUUGGGGUCAUCUUCUUUUUCCUUCAAAAGAAGAGGAUAAAUGGUAAAAGAGACAAUCAUCAUCCAAAUGUAAUCUUCAGCAACGCUCCACCAGAUGUUCAUGUGUUUGUGAAGAAAUCUGUAACUGAAUCGAAGAAGCUGACCCUGACCUGCCUGGCCACGGGCUUCUACCCCAAAGACGUGGAGAUUACACUGAGAAUGUGCCACACUUCACUGCCUGAACAUCUACUAACAUCUUCAGGAGUCAGACCCAAUGAAGAUGAAACCUACCAGCUGAGGAAGAGUGUGGAGAUCCAGGAGGAUGAAAAAGCAGAUUACAACUGUUUUGUGAAUCACAGCUCCCUCAACACACCAUUAACUAAACAAUUGGACGGGAAAUACAGUGACUGUCAGAGUGGUCUGAGUGGAGGAGUGAUUGUAGGAGUGACUGUUGGAGGGAUGUGGUCUUUGCUGGUCAUGCUGGUUGGGGUCAUCUUCUUUUUCCUUCAAAAGAAGAGGAUAAAUGGUAAAAGAGACAAUCAUCAUCCAAAUGUAAUCUUCAGCAACGAGUCUACAGCUGCUGGUUCUGAUGCUGACUCAGGAAGGGAAUCCACUUGUGGAUCAAAGAGGAGCAGCACCGAAAAUGUUGAUGUGAACAUUAAUCUGACUGGUUCCUGAAGCUGUGGGUCAACAGUUUAAACUCACGCAGAACAAAUGAUCUCUCUCUCUCUCUCUCUCUCUCUCUCUAUCUCUCUCUCUCUCUCUACCUUCAUCCAGGCUUUCCUCCACAGAUAACUGGCCCACCUGCUGGACCUGCUUUGGAGGAUAUAAA